AUGACAUCAUCUUCAAACGUGUUCGGCGAGAAGGCUUCAAUUUUCGUUUUUGUUAUUGUAACAUUGAUCGGUUUGUCACUAAGCAUUAGUGCUAUAUUGCUAUCGUCAUGGCAGGUAGUGAAUUUACGAGAAUAUAAUUCGAUUCACGAACAUGGUCUGUGGUUAGAUUGUAGAAGGCACAGCAGAGAUGGCAAUGCUAACGUACUUCUCAGAAGGUACACAACAAAUACAGAACCUCUGAACUGUGUUUAUAAAUUUGAUUACGACAAAUAUUCGGGCACUUUUGACUUAGAAGAUGAUAAUAGCCCUGUUGGAGAAGUAAACAGACAUAAAUUUUAUGGUUGGCAUAUAGCAACGCUAAUUUUGUUAGCGUUAGCGCUAUUAACAGCGUUUCUAUCCAUAUGUCUAGGUCUGUCUGCGUGUUGUUACAGUUCACUAGCGUUGGUCGUCACAGGUGUAGCUCUGAUGACAACAUUUUUGUCCGUAAUAGCGGAAGGCCUAUUUUUUUUCUAUUCACACCGUGCCGACGUCCGCUUUAUCAAGGGUAUUGUCAGCACUUAUGAGCAACGAGUUGGCUUGGCAUUUUUUCUACAGAUGGCUGCAUGUGCUUGCCAUUUUAUUGCAUUUCUGGUUUCAUUACUAUUUGUAUAUUUUGCUUGGACUGGUAAAAAUGAUGCCAGUGAUCGAUAUAGUUUUAAUCGAGGAUCAAAAUCAAAUGUGGCAAGUAUGGGAAGGUCAUUGGAAUUUGAACCACAAAUGAUAUAUCAGCAAAAUGUGGCACCCACUGGAAUUCGUCCACCUCACUAUGUGAAACAUCAAGAACAGUACGAUAAAAAUAUUGCUGGAAGUACACCUGAGUUAGGAACAAGACAAUUAUCUGCUGAAUUCUUUGGACAAAGAGUAAGACGAAAAAGUGAAACUUGUGUUUAA